AUGGACGAGCAGUGGUGUGAUGAAAACAACGAUGAGCUUCCAGAGAUGUAUCUGGUCAUUGCUUGGUUCAACUGUUCUAGUUGUGUGAAGAUAAUGAAUGGACCAGGAUUUUUCAUGAAACAAAGACAGAGACUUUUUAUACCGAGAGUUCUGGGAGUGAUGGAAGCAAGUUGCAGAGAUAGUGAAAGUAAAGAGCUGAGACCUGGGACAAGGCAACUGAGUGUGGUGGGUGCAGUUAGAGUAGCAGUCAGAAGCUCUUUCAUGGUGACUUGCUGA